GUGAGCAGCAAACAGAUAUGGAGCAGGCUUUUUUGUCUGAUUCUAUUUUCAAAAUUUUUACUCCAAACGAGGUCUUAUCUAAAAGCAUAUCUGAUAAAGCUAUUCUUUCCCGGUUAGUUUGACUUCGCGCUUUUUCUGUUGCGACGGAAGGAAGAAAUGGCGUCAGUAUCCAUGGAUGUUGAUACUGGUGAUACCGCGAAUGGAAACAAGGACGCUAACGGAGACGUAGAUCUGGAAUCUGCUGUCGUGGAAGAUAUCAAAGAUUUCGUUAAACUUCUCGAACGCGCUGUAACAGCAGGAGAUGCUCGUUCGGUAGUCCGGCCAGUUCGUGGUCUUGGCUAUGUCCGUAAACACCUGACACCUGUAGUUCUCCGUCGAAUUAUUCGCGGCUUGUGUUUGAAUAAGGAGGAUAAAACAUACUUUGCGCAAUAUAUCGGAGAUUUGAUUGACGAGCCAAAGAACCUGUCUCCGUAUGGAUCUGUUUUCCAAAAGCUGGCUAAUGCUGUCCAUAAGCAGGGCACUAUGAUCCCGGAAGUGACCGUUUACCUACAUUUACUGAUUUUGUUGCAUCUUCUCGACGCCGGAAAAAAUUCUGAAGCUCUUUCUUGUGCGGAAACACUGGUGGGCAAGGUGAUUGCGAAUACACGACGAACGAUGGAUCCGUUGGCAGCACGUGUGUAUUUCUAUUAUGCUCGUGCAUACGAAGUCAACGGAAAGCUCAGUUCCAUUCGACGCUUUUUGCUAUCGCGUUUACGAACUGCCACACUGCGGCAGGACGAUGAUGGUCAAGCACAUUUGGUCAACUGUCUUCUGCGCAGUUAUAUCCAGGAUAAUCUGUAUGAUCAAGCCGAGAAACUAGUCGGCAAGCUGAGCUAUCCGGAAUCUGUCCAUAAUAAUCAGUUGGCUCGCUUCCAAUACUAUCUCGGCCGAAUUAAGGCGAUGAAAUUGGAGUACUCCGAGGCGUAUCAACACCUGCUGCAAGCAUCCCGAAAAGUGCCAACGCAUGGUGCAGUGGGAUUCAAACAGACGGUUCAAAAAUGGUUAAUCACGGUGGAAUUGCUGUUGGGUGACAUCCCUGAACGUGCGGUGUUCUUGGAAAAGGAAUACAAGCGGUGCCUUGCGCCUUAUUAUGAGCUGACUCUCGCUAUUCGCGGGGGUAAAUUGGCUAGAUUCAAUGAUACUCUGAAACAACAUGCGGAUAAGUUCAAGCAGGAUCAGACGUAUUCGCUGAUCGUCCGUCUUCGACACAAUGUUAUAAAGACCGGCAUUCGGGCAAUUAACACCGCCUAUUCCCGUAUUUCGAUUGCGGACGUGGCGAAAAAACUGCAGCUGGACAGCGUAGAGGAUGUGUACUUUAUUUUGGCUAAGGCCAUUAGUGAGCGCGCUAUUGAAGCGCAGUUGCUGGCCGAUGCAGGCGAACUGGCGUCUAAGGAGAAUGUUAAUAUAUAUGCGACAAAAGAUCCCUUUGUAGCGUUUGAUAAACGCAUUCGUUUCUGUCUGGAAACAUACGAUCAGAGUGUCAAAGCCAUGCGCUUUCCACCGAAAUCGUACCACGGGGAUCUGGAAUCAGCUGAAGAACGACGAGAACGUGAAGCCCAAGAGGCCGAACUCGCGAAAGAGAUUGCCGACGAAGAUGAUGAUAUUUUGUGAAUUAUUUACGUGCAUCGGUGGGAGCUUGUUAGAUUACUGCAUUAGCUGCUUGCAGCUAAACUUAAACUGUCGAAAGUUAUGCCGACUUUCUUCCUUUCUUUCGAUUUCUGCAUCAGCUUUUUCAUGGCGAAUUCCUUUAUCGUUGUAAUAACUAACAAGACGAUACAAAGUGG